AUAUCUGGCAGACGAGUACCUCCGGCUCGCAAAAAAGUAAAAGAAAAAAGUGUCUGUGGCCGACUUGCUUAACGACAUCGCUCCCGAGCUGUGCUGUUUAAUAAAAAAGAUAUGGAACGUAGAGCAUUCAAAAGAAAGGCCUCAGAUGUGAGUGAUAUACCAAAUAAAAGGCGCUGCACAAGAAAUGGUGGUGACUUUUUAAUGACAGAGAGGGAGAUGUCUACAUGGCUGUUGGAAGAGAGUUCUUUCUACAUCAAAGCUGGUGCUUCAUUUUGCUCAUACCAGUUUAAAAGAACAUGUGUUCUUGACUCACAUUUGGCUGCACUCCACACCACAUUUGUAAGAUUUCAAAAUGUCAGAUAUCUUUUUAAUUCUGACGAGCCCUUAAAAAAUAUUAUGGCUUUAUUAAAUGGCAAAAAAUAUGUUGAAGCUCGUAUUGCUAGUGCAUGGCAGCUGAAACAUGUUUGGUUUGAUCACAUGUAUAAAGAAAUUGAUUUUUAUGGCAAUAUGCAAGAACAUUCUGAUUUGUUUAAUAAACUGGUAUGUGCUGAAAUGACUUCUGACCAAGAAAUCCCAAAUGAUAGUGUCAUUCAUAAUGAAAUUCUCAGACGUUUCAAUACAUUCAGCCGUAUAAAGGCUUUGGGAGAUCCAGCGGAUCCGGCUCUUAUUCUGGGAUACGGUUUGACAACAGAACCACUGUUGCUAGUUGAAGAUAAGAAAAACAGGAUAUUUCAACUUCAGUUUUUACUGCUUGGAAAAGGAGAGCAUAUGACUAUGUGCUUCCAGUUCUUUUCAAAUAUAUGGCUUCACUAUAAUAAUGACCCAGCAAAGCCUUCUUUCCAGUCUUUUUCCUUGGAUAAAGUUAAAGAUUAUGUGGUUUAUUUGGCUGGAUACAUCAACAUGAGUCAAGCUCUGGAAUAUAAACUUGGCAUUACUGAGACAAGAGGAGGAGGAACAAAGUGUUUUGUUUCAGGUGUAAACCAUCCCAUACAUUUAGACCCAAGACAGUCAGUACAGGAUGUGGAAAUGAAAGAUCUGUCAUCAUACUCCUUCCCUAUUCCUAAGACUAAAGAAGGACUGCGACCACAGCCUUGGGAAUAUAACAGGCUACAUAAUUUACAGAUGCUGAUUGAAGAUCCUUUUCCUUACAUCAAAGCUGGUGGCCCUUCUGACUUAUGCCAGUUAACUAAUACCUGUGUUUUGGACUCAUUGCUAGCUGCUUUUCAUACAAGUUGCAUGAAAUAUCCAAAUAUAGACUCUCUUUUGCAUAGUAAUGACUUUUUCGCAAAAGUUAGGUCUUUGUUAAAUAAAAAAAUAUAUAUUAAGACUCGAAAUCUCUGUGUGGAAGAGCUAAAUCUUGGAAAACUUGACCUUUAUGGUAAUGUCAAGGAUUAUUUCCCACUGAUUAGUAAACUGGCAUGUGCAGAAAUUACUUAUAGGAAAAAUGCCCCGAAGGACUUGGCCAUCUACAAAGAAAUACCCAGCAUACCUAAGAUUUACGAUAAAGUAUUUGUCAUGGGUGACCCAUCUGAUCCAACUCUAAUUCUGGUUCAUUGUGAAAAUUAUAUUAAUUCCAAGAAUACUGAAUGGCCACUUUGUGUGAAUGUGAAGGAAAGGAUCUUUGCACUUCAAUUUUUGCUAAUUGGAAAGGAACAGCAUAUGACUAUGUGCUUUCAGUCUUUUGAAAACACAUGGCAUUUAUAUGAUGAUGACCCGAAAAAGCCUUCAUUUCAGCCUUUUAACUUUAAGAGUCUUAAAGAUUAUAUCAUUUGUUUGGCUGGAUAUGUCAACAUAACCCAACUGCAAGAAUAUAAGAGCAUUGCGGAGACUAGUGAAGGAUCAGAAAAACAGCUUCUCUAUCCAGGUUUAUCAAAAGAGAAAGUUGAUCCAUAUAAUAAUUUCUACCUACAACAGUCAGUAGCAGAGGUAGAAAUAGAAGAUCUGUGCUCCUACUCUGUAAGCGUUCCUGGGACUAGAGAACGGCUGGGACCACAAGCAUUUUACCCAAACUGCCCAGAGGCUCUAGCCAUAUUUAGUAACCCGACACAGCCAGUGGAAGACAUAGAAAUGCUAUCCUGCAGCAGCUCUGAUUCAGAAUAAAUAUACAUAAAUUAAUUAAAAAAAUAUUUUUAAAAAUCACUCACAAUGACCUGGCAGCAGUUUCAUUUGCAUGUUUAAGUUACCUUCUGUUCAUGUACAUUUAACGAUUUAGCUGCCUAGUUAGUUUGUUUCAUUGCUCUUGUUUGCUUCAAAUAAAA